AAGGAUGCAACGUAGCACGAGUGGAGAGCAGUAGUAUAAACAGUAGUGUUAAACAGCUUUCCUUCGUUUUUCCAACUCACCCCAAGCUUAGAACCCAGUGCCACUGCCACCAUCUCUCUCUCUCUCUCCUAGCAUGCGUGUUCAGUUGUGUGUGUGUGUGAGAGAGAGAGAGGGGGAGGGAACGCGUGUGACAGAACUGUGAAUCCUUGAUUUGGUUGUAUAUUUCGAGAUGUGGCAUCGGAAACUGGGAGAUCUUCCGUGGAAAAAAAAUCUUCCAGUCUUCUUUCAAUAAAUAAACCCCCUAUAAAAUAUCCCGAUUCCUUCAAAUGCCAAUGUGUUUCGAUUGAUCUCUGUUUUAAGAGAGAGAGGGAGAGAGUGAGGAGAGAGAGGAGAUGCCAUUGCUCCAACCCCCGUAGUGGGUUGUGCAGCCACUGGGGGAAAUUCGAAGCUUUCUUUCGCGGAUUGAUCAAUCAAGUCCUUAUUUGCCAAUACUGUUUUGAUUGGACUCUGUAGUUUCCAAAUUGACAAAAGAGAGAUGGACAAGAGGAAGGUUUUGUCACUUAGGCAUGUGUUGAUGUUGUCUGUGGCGUUGAACGUGGGGUUGUUUCUGAGGCUUGGGUACGUGGGUGAGGGUUGGAGAGCAGAGCAGAGCCUUCAUGGUUUUUGUUUGGAGGAGAAGCAGCAGAAUAGAGGGGCUCCCAUGGAGGAUUUUUCCCAGAAAGUGGCGCACGUUAGCAAGGGUAAGCUUGUGGAGACGGCAUCAAGUUCGGUUGCUCGUUUGGAUGUCGAAGACGGUGGCCAGAGAGACAUCAAUCUCGACCAUGGCGAUCCGACAAUGUACGAGAGAUUUUGGAAGCAUAUGGGUGACAAAACGACAGUUGUGAUCUCCGGGUCGCAGUACAUAAGUUAUUUUUCGGAUAUCACAAACAUUUGCUGGUUUUUGGAGGCAGAAUUUGCAACGACAGUCAUUAGAUUGCAUAAGUUGGUUGGAAAUGCCAUCACUGAAGGCCGUCACAUUGUGGUUGGAACAGGUUCAACGCAACUCUAUCAGGCUGCAUUGUAUGCUCUCUGUCCGCCUGAUGCAUCUGAGCCCAUGAGCGUGGUAUCUGCUGCCCCGUUUUACUCGUCUUAUCCUCUGAUGACUGACUUCCUGAAGUCUGGGCUCUUUAAAUGGGCCGGUGAUGCACACAAAUUUAGUCAAGAUAAGCCUUACAUUGAGCUUGUAACCUCACCAAACAACCCCGAUGGAUCCACGAGAAAGCCCGUGGUCAAUCAAAAGGAUGGAAUACUGGUUCAUGAUCUGGCUUACUAUUGGCCACAAUAUACCCCGAUUAAUUCUCCUGCAGACCAUGAGCUCAUGCUGUUCACUGUCUCCAAAAGCAGUGGCCAUGCUGGAGCACGUAUAGGUUGGGCUCUUGUUAAAGACCAAGAAGUUGCAAGAAAAAUGACCGAGUUCAUAGAGAUCAAUACAAUUGGAGUGUCCAAAGAUUCUCAGCUCCGGGCAGCAAAAAUCUUGCAAGCUGUAGCUGAUAGUUGUGACCGUGUUGGUACCGGCUCUGAAGAUGUCCAGCCCUUCUUUGACCAUAGCUAUAUCCUAAUGGAAAAGAGGUGGAAGCAACUGAGAGCAGCGGUGGAAAAAAGUUUACUGUUCAGUCUGCCUAACUUUUCCACUGCGCGUUGCAACUUCAGUGGUCGUAAUUUCGAAACACAACCAGCUUUUGCUUGGUUGAAAUGUGAAGGAGAAAUAGAGGACUGCGAAAUCUUUCUCCGUAGCCACCAUAUAUUGACCAGAGGAGGGGAGCACUUCGGGGUCAGCCAAAAGUACGUUAGAAUUAGCAUGUUGCCGCGUGACGAAAUGUUCGACCUCUUCAUAGAGAGGUUAUCUGAAAUCCAAUCUUGAUCGUCCCUCAAGUAAGCAGUUAGUUCCUGGGAGCCGUACAUUUCUUUUUGUUAAGAGGUACAGAUGUACAAUUUGUAGUGAUAUUAGAGAAUUUGCCAAUUAUUGCUUACGCAAGUCCGAAACGUAGUCGUUUGUUCGGAUAACUAAUGGCGGUUUGUUCAUCUGCAUCCUAUUUAGCGAUUGAUUGGCGAAUUGUAGAAAACUGAAAAACGAGUAGAAUCUGUUGUACUAUUUUGCUAGGGAUCGUCGUUUUGAAUAGGAAAUUCUACUACUGUGUUAAUCGAA